AAUCCCUUACACGAAGAAAAGAAUUCCUCUCGAUCUCUUUCGCUUUCUCUCUUCCAACAACAACAUCAUCAUCAUUAUCAUCCAUGAUACUCUUGCAGUCUCAUUCUAGAUUCCUGCUCCAGACCUUGUUGAAUCGGGCUCAAAAUCUUGAAAAAGGAGUUGAACUGGAUCACCACUGGGUGGAGUUUGAUGAUGUUCGAUACCAUAUUCAGGUGUCAAUGAAAAAUCCUCAUAUUUUGUUGCUAUCAGUAUCGUUGCCUACCCCCUCUUCAGAAACUAUUUUUGUCCAUGGACUUCCUUUAGGAGCCAUUGAAGCAAUAAAAGCUGCAUAUGGUGGCCUUUUACAAAUUCUCGAUCCUCCAAGGGAUGGCUUUAACCUCACUUUGAAAAUAAAUUUGUCAAAGCUUCCUGCAAAUCAAGAGCCAAGGCAUGCUUUUUUGGUAAAAGUUGCAUCAGUAAGGGAGGUUGUCCUCGGUGCACCAUUGAGAGUAAUUUUAAAACAUCUUGCUUCAAGAACUGUUGCUCCGGACAUGGAUCCAGUUGUUGCCCUUGUGCAUCGGCCAAAAGAGUCUUUUUUUCUUAUUCCUCAGGCUGAUAAGGUGACUGUGGUGUAUCCUAUGAGAUUCAACGACUCAAUUGACAUUGUCCUUGCAACUUCAUUUCUGCAGGAAUUUGUCGAAGCUAGGCGUACAGCUGGACUCAAUAAUACCCCUCCUUGUUCGUGGUCUUUUACUCCUCCACUGGAACUGAAAGGAGUUUCCACUGAUGCAUUAUCUGCAAAUGCAGGAUUUGUAACAUUUGUUAUCUUCCCUCGUCAUGUUGAAGGCCAGAAACUGGAUCGUACAGUGUGGAGUCUAUCAACUUUUCAUGCCUAUGUUAGCUAUCAUGUUAAGUGUUCAGAAGGAUUUAUGCAUACGCGGAUGCGGCGUCGAGUGGAGUCCUUGAUUCAGACUCUGGAUCGUGCCAAACCAGAUCUCGAGAAUUCAAGGAAAACUUCAUACAACAGAUCCUUCAAACGGCUGAAAUAA